AUGCCGCCGAAGCGCAGCCCUUCGUUGCGAGAGAGACCGAGUGAGAUACUCCGAACCAACUCAACAAAAAAGCCACCACUACAACGGACCGGAAGCCGCUCAAGUAAAUAUGCACAUAUCGGCCCAAAAGUCGACAACAAACUAGCCCCUGAGUUCAUCCCUGCCGAAAGUCAGUUCCAGCGACCCAAGCACAAGAGGAGCUCGUUGUACAUCCGCAGCGAUGAGCAAGCACAAGAUUCCGAGUCCGAGAAUGAAGAUACCGGGCUUCACAGUGAUAGCUCAGGAGAUGCCACACUGUACGAAUACCCAUCUGACCAUGGCUCACCCACUCCCUCCAGCUACAGCGCGGACUACGAAGAAGACAUCCUCGCACACCUGGGUGGAGGCCAGUCCACCUCAGCCGCUGCAUCACCGUCUCACCACAGCGACAACGCAUCACCCUCCUUCCAAAGUGGCCACAGCAGCCGCACUUCCAGCCGCAAAGGAACACUGGAGCACCCUACGAGCAACCCCGCAGCUUACGCCCGGAACACCGACAGCUACAAGAAUAAAAUGAAUGGCCCGCUCGAGUACAACGGCAGUGCGCCGUCGACACCAGGAUCAGGACACCAGGUAUCGCCCCGACCGACGCUGCUCAGGGGCCAAUCCGUCAAAUUCAAAGACCCCCCCGAGAUUGAAUCCCGCUCCAGCCUGCACGAUCGAAGAAGAGGCCAGUCCCUCCACGCAAAACCCCUGCUCGAAACAACCUUCCUCAAGUCCCUGCGCGACGCACUAAACAUAACUUGCGACGACCUGCUAGAUGUGAGAGACGCGCUGAUCAGUGGAAACAGGAUGCUUGAUUUCAGAGAGGUGCUGCAGAAGCAGGAGGGGUUUCCGCCUGAUGUGAAUGGGGUGAGGCAUAAGAUUGUGGAGGUGAUUGAGGGGAUGGAGAGGCAGUAUGCGGAGGACUUGCGGCAUUUGGAUGGGAUUGUGGAGAAGGAGAGUGGGGAGGAGGUGGGGAGGUAUAAGGUGAGGAUUGAGGAGGUGGAAGAGGAGUUGAGGAUUGGUGGUGAGGAAUGGCGGAGGAAGGAGCGCGAGAAUGAUAGCUGGAGGGCUGAGCGAGAGGGGAGGAUAAAUGAGCUGGAGGGGCGGCUGCAGGAGAGUAAUGAGGAGCGGGAACGGGCGAAGGAGAAGCUGGAAGAAACGUCCCACGCACUCAGUUCACAAGCUCAGCAGCUAGAAGACGUAUCCCUGACGAUCGAAACCCAAGCCUCGCAAAUCCGACAACUAGAGGCUUCACUUGAGGAAAGACCAGCCAUUUCCGUCUCUCAAGACCAGCUACAAGCGGCUUUCCACCUCCACGAGCAAGACGUUCAGAAAAUCCAACACCUCGAGGAAGCCCUUCAAGUAAAACGCGUCAACAAUGCCCUCGCCACAGGCACCGACACCCCGGAGUGGCACGACGUCUUCAAGCGUGAGCGGAAAAUCAGGGCCGCGCAAGAACAUGAGAUCACGCACCUCAAGACGUCCAUCAAGAAACUAGACACAUACCACGUUGACCUCGAGCGCGAAGUAAGAGCGCUCAGAGAGUACGUCACUCUCCACCGCGACACCACUCAACUCCUCCAAGACAAACUCUCAGCCUCGAAAUCUCACGCGCAGCAAUGGAAGUUCGAAUACGAGCAGCAGAAAGAAAUGCUCGACCAACGCGACAACAUCGAAGAGACAACCCUCGCAGCGCUACGAGAAGAAAUGCACCACACCAUCUCUUCAUACCAGGCACUCCUGCCCACGCCUGACAACCCCGACGCGCUAGAAGUAACCGGGUUACUACGUAAGCUCGAAGCACAAGACCAUGUCCUCAAAGACGUCACACAGCACCUCGAGACCCUCAAACAGGAAAAAGCCUCCCUCGAAACGUCCAUUUCUCAGGUCCUCAAAGAGAACUCCGACCUCCGCCACGGCCCACCCCUCUCCCCGCAUCAUCACCCACCCUGA